GGUUUGUUACAUUAGUCAAAGAGGUAUGUUGGACUGUUUCGUCUCUUGUAUCCUACCCAAACCCAGACCCAGACCCAGACCCAGCCUUCUCGGCAGAUUAUCACCUUUCUUCAUUCGCAUAUAUAUCGUCGGUCCUGCGGAUGAGUCCUCUAGUCCAUUCCAUCUUACCACGCCUUGGCCAAUCAUGUUGCUUUUCUGUGACAUUAUACGUAGGAUGGUACCCCGACUAGGAACACCCUUCACACAUGUGAUUGUGGAACAUGCAUGCACUUUGAUCGACUUGCCAUGCCUUGGGUCCUUAGGUUAAUGGUCUACUUAUAAGUCCAUAUACUUUAGACCCUUCUCGCAUACUCGACUCUCUUAAGAUGACUUAUAUCUCUACAUUUCUAUCUCCCUUCUCAUACCUUACUCCUGGUUCCCUAUAUGACAUGCCAUUUCUUUACCUACAGUACUAAGGUCAACCCAAGUGUGAUGCCACCCUACUGUCUACAAGAUUGUCAUUACUUUUACCGCACAGCUCUACGCGGCUUAAACAUCAGCACCUGUGUCUCGCCUUUGUUCACUUAACAUACCAACAGUAGACUAACGAGAUGCCCACCCAAGUUCGCAUUUUUGCUAUGCCAAAGUCUCUUGGCGAGACUCUCAGUGCUAGUUCAGCAACCAUACCGUCAUCAACUCCGGCAUAUACUAGCGAAAAGCCACCAAGUCCCGAGCCAAGGGGUCGAGUCCCACUGAUGGAGACGAUUCCGGAAAAGCCUAAGGAUGGCGGCAUCACAUUUGCUAGCCAGGAUAGUUUGCCUAAACUGCCCAUACCAGAGUUGGAACAUACGUGCAAGAAGUACUUGGCUGCCCUGAAACCGCUACAAGGUCCUAGGGAGCAUGCCGAGACUAAGCUUGCUGUCCAGGAUUUCCUCAAGAGAGAUGGACCUGGCCUUCAGAAGAAGUUACAAGAAUAUGCUGUUGGAAAAACAAGUUAUAUAGAACAGUUUUGGUACGAUUCAUAUCUGAAUUACGAUAAUCCCGUUGUACUUAACUUGAACCCAUUUUUCUUAUUAGAAGAUGACCCAACGCCGGCAAGAAACAAUCAGGUCACUCGUGCGGCGUCUCUCGUUGUAUCGGCUUUGGAAUUUGUGCGGGCAGUGCGCCGAGAAGAAUUACCCCCCGACACAGUCAAGGGCACUCCCCUAGAUAUGUACCAAUACUCCCGACUUUUUGGUACUGCCCGCGUGCCGACAGAAAAUGGGUGCCAAAUCGAGCAGGACCCCGAGUCUAAGCAUAUUGUUGCUUUAUGCCAUGGUCAAUUUUACUGGUUCGACGUACUAGACGAUAAUUCGGAUCUUAUCAUGAGCGAAAAGGAUAUUUCAAUAAACCUUCAGACCAUAAUAGACGACGCAACGCAAACACCGAUCCAAGAAGCUGCCAAGGGAGCCCUUGGUAUCCUUAGCACGGAGAACCGAAAGACUUGGUCGGGGCUUAGAGAUGUUCUUACAAAGGAGCAAGGAUCCAACAACGCCGACUCCCUCGGCAUCGUCGACUCGGCUUUAUUCGUGCUCUGCUUAGACUAUACGGAACCAGCUACCGCGCCUGCAUUGUGUCAGAACAUGCUGUGCGGCACGAACGAAGUGGUUAAGGGGAUACAAAUCGGUACCUGCAUAAAUAGAUGGUACGACAAACUGCAGAUUAUUGUAUGCAAGAACGGAAGCGCGGGAAUCAACUUUGAGCAUACCGGAGUGGAUGGCCAUACGGUACUUCGAUUCGCUAGCGACCUCUAUACCGAUACGAUUCUACGAUUUGCAAGAACUAUCAAUGGCCAAGCUCCCAGUCUUUGGAAAACAGCAAGUCCGGACCCAUCGAAGCGUGACCCGGAGAGUUUCGGAGAAGUCACCACGACACCUCACAAGUUAGAAUGGGACAUGUCGCCUGAGCUCAAUAUCGCCGUUCGAUUUGCCGAAACGCGGCUCGCGGACCUUAUCAGCCAGAACGAAUUCGAGUGUCUAGACUUCAGCGGCUACGGCAAGAAUUAUAUCACGUCAGCAGGUUUCUCGCCGGAUGCCUUUGUUCAGAUGGCCUUCCAGGCAGCUUACUAUGGACUGUACGGGAGGAUCGAAUGCACAUAUGAGCCUGCCAUGACCAAGGCUUUCCUCCACGGAAGAACCGAAGCUAUCCGGACUGUGUCGGAAGAGUCGGUAAACUUUUGUCAGACGUUUUGGGCGGAUAACCCGGCGGAGGCGAAGGCAGAAGCCCUCCGCAAAGCGUGCCAGCAGCACGUUAGUAGCACCCGGGAAUGCUCUAAGGGAAAAGGCUGUGACCGGCACCUAUACGCUUUGUUUUCUGUAUGGCAACGCUAUCUGGACGACGAGAACAGUCGUUCACCUAGCAGCACGGGGUACACAAGCUCUUUCGAGAAUGGCUCGGAGCAGGGGUCUGUGGUGGGCAGCCCCGGCAAAGACUCCAAUUUUUCGAUGAGCGAAGAGGUAAGAUCACGCCAACGCGGAGACAGCACGACCUCACGAUGCCCAGAAAACCAGGUUCCCGCCAUAUUUGCGGACAGCGGCUGGGAUAAGCUGAACAACACCAUCCUCUCGACGUCCAACUGCGGCAACCCUUCGCUGCGCCAGUUCGGGUUCGGCCCCACCUCGGGCGGCGGCUUCGGCAUCGGCUACAUCAUCAAGGACGAGGGCAUCAACAUCUGUGUGUCUAGCAAGCACCGCCAGACCAAGCGCUUCCUCGACACUCUCGAGAGCUACCUCCUCGAGAUCCGCCGCAUACUGAGGAUCACCAACCGCAAGUCCACGAGCUCGAAGCAGACGCGCGCGAGAGAGAUCGACCCCGAUAAGCCUAAGACGUCGCACCGCCCCAAGGCCCGCGGCCGCAUGAUCACGGGUACUGAGAGCCUCCGUGCCCAGGCGAGGUCGUCGACUGGCACAAGGUCCCCGACCGAGGAGAGUCUUGUGAUGAGCGAGGAUGACGAGCUUGGAGGGUACGGCUUCUUCGACGCCGGAAUGCUGCUCCAGGCGCUCAAAGCACGUGGCCAGGCACUCGACUCGCAGGGGGAAACGAAGGCGUCUGAACGAGCAGCGGCGAGCGCGAGGAGGAGGGAGAUUGGGAAGAAGUUGAGGCUUGUCGAGUAUUGAAACGGUGAAAAGUUGGGUAUGCCAUUUUAAGAGAUAAAAGGGGGAUAGUUCUGGGGAGAUGUAUCGGGAGGUUGAUUGAUUGAUUGAUUGAUUGGCUAUUAUCUAUGCGCUGCUAGGUGUUAUGUAGGUCUGUUUAGCGGGAGCAUGAUACCUCGGCAGGUAGGUGCUUGAUCUAUCGAGUAUUCGAAUACCUACCUUUUUGGAGGAUUUUGCAUGUGUAAGAUCUUGUUGUUUCUUGUCGUUCAAUACCUAUGUUUAUAUUUACUUGAGUACAUACCUAUAUUCUAUUCUAAGUAUCACCACAAUGCCAUGUUCUUUGCUAUCAA